UGUAAAAGAAAACAGAUCAUCUUACAAAGAUCACAGUCUUGGCGAGUAUCCGACCCGCAUCAAGCUCCUCCUAUCCAAGAAAUGCAGAAGUAACACUGAAAUGUCCCAACCAAAAGGUUGAAAAAGUGGAGAUCAUUUGACCGGCGCAGAAGGAGAAUUUGUUCGCAGAGAGGUGGGAAAAGGAAAAGAUUGCCCGACAAAGUUCAAAUGGAACGCAGAACGACGAACGGACAGAUGGAAAAUGGGAAAAGAAUGGUAAGAAAAUGGCAACAGGCAAAAGCAAACAAAGCAAAAGAACAGCCGACAAGACAGAGGUUUGGUCUGGUUUGGUUCCAUUCGGAAUCCGAGUGUCUUUGCCUGCGUCCCCGUGGACCACGUUGUCCGUGAUUUGCAGUGCUGGAGUGAGCGAAGAACUCUCCACAGACAAGCCUCGAUCCUUCACGUGGCCUGAUGAACAGCAGUCCAGACUUCAGACCCAGAAGACUUCGUGCAACUAUGUCUGCGUUUCUUCCUGGUUGAGCAACCAAUUUUCCUUUUUGCUCUCUGCCCAGAAUCGAUUGGAGUGAGUCGAGCUAGAAAGUCUCGAUUUUUACGUUUUUCGUCUUGAUCCCUGUUCAGGAUUUAUCAGAGCCAUUGCUGGUUCCCAGUGGUGGUGAGGCUUCUCUCUGUGAGAUCCUGCUCUAGCGGGUUCAAGCUCGAGAAUGAACGAAUCGGAUUUCGAGGUCUUAAGCGAUGAUUCUCGGGUUAAACCGGGGUGCAGGACACUGCAGAGAAAUGGGUCGUCGUUGGUGCUGGACAGUGAGAGAGGAGAGCUCGUCGAGGCCUGCGUGAGCGCCAAGAGGAAAAUGGCGCCUGCUGAGAGGAAUGUUGAUGCCUUGAAGAAUCACAGUGAGGCGGAGAGAAAGCGGAGAGCGAGGAUCAACGCGCAUCUCGACACUCUUCGGGGGCUAGUUCCCGAGGCAAAGAAGAUGGACAAAGCAGCAUUGCUUGCCGAGGUCAUCAACCACUUAAGAAAGCUGAAAAGAAAUGCUGAUGAAGCCAUGCAGCAGUAUGUGAUACCAACAUAUGCUGAUGAAAUAAAGGUGGAGCAAGAACAGGGUGAAGUAUUGGAUUUAGAAUUGGAAACGAUGAAGGCAUCAAUUUGUUGCGACUACAGACCCGGUCUUCUCUCCAAUCUAAGGCAAGCGCUUGUCAAUCUUGGAUUGAUUGUGUUGAGUGCAGAGGUUGCCACCUUUGAAGGAAGGAUGAAAAGUAUUAUGGUACUGACAAGAUGCCAUGAAGGAGAUGAGACAUUGUGUCAGUUUCUAUCAAACUCUCUGCACUUGGCCCUUUGUUCAAUAGUCAAUCAGUUCUCGACUUCAGAGGAGUCUCCGAGGCCCUCGGUGUCGAACAAGAGGCGAAGGGCUUAAUUAUACAGUUGUGAACGAUCUUAAAGAAGCUAGAGAAAUUUAACUUCCGAGAGAGUCGACUUCUAUAGUAAAUGGAACAUCUUCAUAAGUACUGAUGAAGUUCCAUGUGUUCUUUUCUUCCUUCUUUAGUGAGGUGAGCUUGUAAAGAUAUUUUGUGCCUGAAGCUAUGACUGACUGGAUCAUCAUUGGUACUAUGAAAUAAUUUAAGGAAAGUAUACUUGAGUAUGGGGUCUGUUGUACGGAAACUUAUCCUGAAUGGUUAAUGUAAGACAUGCUAAUGGACACUCAUCAAGGUAGGUAGUUCUCUAAUAAUAGACACUCAUCAAGCUAUGGCUGCUAUUCCAGCAAAAACAUGCCAGGAAUCUAGAGCAGUUGUGAAGUGAUGAUCAGUGGGAUAAACAUCACUUCACCGAUGCGGUGUCGAAUUUCAUCUGGACUCAAGUGGUCAAGUGUUCUGAUGUCGAGUCAGCAAACUGGUGAUGAUCAGCAGGAAUUAGGUCCCAUCUGCCAUGACGUCUGGACGGUCUAUGCAUUUUCGUUCUGCAGGUGUUCACCUCAAGUUACAAAUUUAGUUUGCCAAGACUUGGGACAUCGGCAAACGAAGUCUGCCAAGACUCGGUUAAUACAGUAUCAGCACUGGGGCAUAAGAAAUCAGACAGAUCGCUAGGGGAAAAACUGAGGAGCCAAGUUGGUGUCGAGACUCAACAGCACAUUUAAAGAUUGCAGCCCGCUAGACGAUCUCCAUCAGACUGAAUGUCUCAGUGAGUCCCUUUGCCGACUUCGACAUGAUUCCGGACAAUAAGACUUCCUAGCAUCUUCCAAUGUGAACUUUGUCGGAUGCUAUAGGAGUCAAGUUGUAAUGCUCCUGUUAUGCUUGCUCCGAAUGGCUGAUCUGUUAAAGAGUAACUUUUAUCA